CCCGUCCAAUGAGAGCCACUCUGCAGAUAGAAUUUUUAGGGUUUUAGGGUGGGACUAUUACAAAACCCAGAAUGCAUUCUGCUAUAUAUAAUGAAUGUUCCAGAAAUCCAGAGCCAUAAUCUUUUUCAGAAACUGUCAUCAAGCAUGUUACGGAUCUGCGUAGCUCUGUGUGUGCUGGCCACGUGCUGGGCACAAGAUUGUCUGGUGAGCAACAUCACCGUCAAACAAGGCUUUGACAAAUACAAGUUUCAGGGAACAUGGUACGCAGUGGCCAAGAAAGACCCCGUUGGACUUUUCCUUCUCGAUAAUGUUGUUGCCACUUACAAAAUAGAGGAGGACGGAACCAUGACGGCCAGUGCCGUCGGCAGAGUCAUCAUUCUGAAUAACUGGGAGAUGUGUGCCAACAUGUUCGGUACUUUUGAAGAUACUGAGGAUCCCGCUAAAUUCAAGCUGAAAUACUAUGGAGCUGCUGCGUAUCUCCAGACUGGAUAUGAUGACCACUGGGUCAUCGACACCGACUAUGAGAACUACGCAGUGCACUACGCCUGCAGAGAGCUGGAUUAUGAUGGAACCUGUCUGGAUGGCUAUUCCUUCAUCUUCUCCCGACACCCUGAAGGCCUCAGACCCGAUGAUCAGAAGAACGUGACGGAGAGGAAACAGGACGUUUGCCUCCUGGGCAAAUACAGACGUGUUGAACAUACGGGCUUCUGUAACACAGCCUGAAUCAUCACUUCGCAGGAGUGACACUGAUGAUGUAUUCUUUGACCUUUAACAUGUCUAGUUAAUAUGUAAAUAAGUAAGGGAUCAUCCACAGCUAGCCGUGCAUUAAAGGGUUUUAAUGCACGACGUGGGGACCAAGAACCACCCGACAUGAAGCAGAUUCAAAUCCUUUAACGCACGGCUAGCUGCGGGUUAUCCUGCUUAUACCAUGGUCAGUUGCCAAGUUAAAGCUGUUAUUGAUGUUUAUUUUGGAUCAGAAAGAUGAACAUUUUCUUUUUAACAGUUAAUUUUAAACAUGCUGACUGGAACUACUUGUGCAUUAAACAAUUUGAUGCACACCUUCCAGCCAAUCAAAAUUGAGUAUUCAAACAGACUAUGGUAUAAGUAAAGAAUAUCUUAAAGAUAUUCUAAAGACUUAUUGUUUGCUCAAUAAAUCUGCAAACAGCAAAUGUGAAUAUAAUUGUUUAAAACACAAUAAGUGUAACCUUACUUUUUCAAAUAAACCUAAAUAAACCUACAAACAUUUUUUUUUGUCACAGUUUUGACUUUAGAACUUAUAAUUCUAUAAUGUCUAAUGAGGCAAAACUGUAAAACUGAUGUUGUUUAAAGUAAUAAGCAGAGCAAUAAAGUUUGAUGAUCCCUUUGUUAAAUGUA